GGUUGCUAGUUCACUUUCCCUGUAACUGUCGCUCUACGCUUGUUGUUUUCCAGUUCAGCGCAAUGCUCUGAGCAGCCGGCGUGUUCCAGAGAAGUGCUUUUAAGCAAGGGAUGAAUGCUACUUGUUACAGUUGAAAGGUAUCACAUGUGUUGUUGACGGCUUGCAUCCGAGUAAAACAAUGCUUCCAAAUAGAAUACAAAACAAAAUGGCUCUGUACACGACGAUGGUUGUUUUUAUUGUUCUUUACUGGUCCUCUCUCGUUUCUGGUCACGGACGUCUCCUAGAACCGCCUUCGAGGUCCAGUAUGUGGCGUUUCGGUUUCGAAACAAAGCCAAAUUACAAUGACAACGAAUUAUUUUGUGGCGGAUAUACAGUUCAGUGGCAAAGAAAUGGUGGCAAGUGCGGCAUAUGUGGAGAUGCUUGGGAUGCUCCAAAGCCCCGACCUAAUGAAGCUGGCGGAAUUUAUGGCAAAGGAAUCAUUGUCGGGAAUUAUAAACCUGGACAGGAAGUUAAAUCUAUUGUGGAGCUGACAGCAAAUCACAAAGGUUUCUUUGAAUUUAAAUUGUGUCCUCACAAUGAUCCUAAGACUGUGGCCACUCAGGAUUGUCUUGAUCAAUAUCUACUUGAACUUGCUGAUGGUUCAGGAAUCAAAUACUAUCCUUCUACGAGGACGGGCAAAUUUGUGGUGAAUUUAAGAUUGCCUCAGCAUCUCACAUGCUCGCAGUGUGUCUUUCAAUGGACUUAUACAGCAGCAAAUAACUGGGGACGUUGCGACAAUGGAACAUCGAAAGUUGGAUGUGGACCUCAAGAGACUUUCAGAGGUUGUGCUGAUGUUGCCAUUGGUGAUUUUGAGUAACGACAUUUUUACUUACAUUGAGAAAUCUCCAGUCAAAAAGACCAUUUCUGCUAUUCCUCCUAGAAGACAGACAACUCUCCGACCAAGGUACAGGCCAAGACCUCACUGAGAUUGCAGUUAAUUGACUGAAUUAAAUAUAAUUGGCAUCUGUUUUUAGCUGAUGAGAAAAUGGCCAUCGAUACUUUUGGGACUUUUUAAUAUCAGAACUGUUGAAUUCCGAAUUUUUUUGCACAAAUUGUGUUAUUCAUUGUCUAAUCCGUUUUUUUUAUCAUCGCUGGUUGAUGAAUUUUUGUUCGUAAUUCAAUGUUCUAGUUUACCUAUGUGGUUGUAGUUGAUUUUACUGUUUCUACAUUUUCAAUUAAUGUUAUUUAUUAUAUCAAAGCUGUGUCAGUAUUUCGUUUUGUGGAUAUUUGUAUGUUUUAUACAUGA